AUGAACCACGCAAAGUUGCAUAAGCCAUUUUCACUGCAUGGGAAACAUUCUCCCCGGCUGACCCAGCCUGUUUCACCGCAGAAAAUCAAGUCAAUGAUCCCACCCACCACUCAAUCUCCCAAAAAACCAUCAGGACCACCUCCGAAUGUUGACCCACGAAAGUUUAUAGUCGACCAAAUCAUUCGGGACUGUUACUCCAAACAAAUCCUUAGAGACGGACGUCAGGUACUUGAAAUUCGCUAUAAUACUCAUUUGGGCAUUCGAGAAUACUCCCAAUUCCCUCAAGCUCCUCCUCCUCCAGAUGUGCCUCCGAGUCAAGUGGGUCUGAUCAAAAAUAGAAUUCUUGUUCUUUGUACUAAGCUGUCGGGGCGUAUUUUGUUGCAAAAAGGUAAGUACAAUGACGUUAAGCAUAUAUACCAGGUUGGUCGACUGUGGGAUCUAGAUGAAUUGCGUUGUAUUACUCGAGUAUCGCAUGACUCUCUCAUUUUGCUGUUGAAUAAAGACUACUACUGGAAGUCUGCCGAAGGUCCAGAACGCUUCAUCAAGUUUGUCCACCACUUGGCAUCCAUAUACUCAAAAUUCACUGGUGGUUAUCCCGAAUUGAAAGGCUUUACGUUGCAGGAAUUGGGGCUUCCUCCCUUGGCGAAUACAUCAUCCAACCAGCAAUCGAGCUCGCGUCCUGUGGUUCCUCCGCAAUCAGCUAGUGUAUCUCGCCUGCAAAUUGACCUGUCUCGUCAACGCGUGGCCGAUAAUGCACCAGUGCUGUCGCACGCUGCUACCGAUGGUAAAAACAACCGUGUAGCUAAUCACUACAAAGAAAUGGACUUCACGUCAAAUGGGAAGCUCCCAAUGAAGCCCAUGUUAGUCAUGGACGUUGACCGGCCUUCAUCGAAUGCCCCAAGAAGCAUGCUUGACCCUGUUCCACCUAAGUUGGAGGCUCCAAAAAAUGUGCUACCGCAAUCUCUGAGUGUAGCUCAGUCCUCAGCCGCCUCAUUGAAUGACUCUCACAGUUUUGUCUUUGGAGUGGAGGACAAGGUUCAAGAUGGGAAGGUUGUACCAACUAUCACCGAAUAUGCAAAUGCAACAGGAAGGACGCUGCCCUUACGCAAUUACAGUCCUGAACGUCACCUGGAAGGGACUCGAAAAGUAUCGGAGCCUCUUGAAUCAGCAGCUGCAUACAGCCUACAACUUCAGGCUGCACUUGAUAAAAAGGAGGAUGCGCUUCCACGCAAUGAUUCCACACUUCAGGAAAAUUCGCUCCCAAAAAAUGAACAAUUUCCGAAGGACCAUCCUCUUCCAAAAGAUAGCUUGAACAGAGUAUCUGACGCCUUUGAGGACGCAAUCCAAUAUGACGAGCACUCGUUGUCAUCCAAAUCUGAUCAGAUUGACCCGACUAAAGUUCAUAUUGAUAACGAACCAUUCCCAGAGCAAGUAACUCCAACUGAGGCCGAAUCCAUUAUAGAUAACUCCAUUCGCGAGAUUCAGAGUUACAUGGAUACGGAAUUUGCACCCUCGAAAACCAUUCUGAGAACAUCCACAAAUCAACCAGUUCCUGGCGAUAUUUCGCAAACACAGCCUGAUCCUGCGCUAGAAACUCCCGAAAUGAAGAGUGUUACUUCAGUCGAUAAAUUUAUAAAUUUGGACUCUCUGAGUUUCGGGGCAGGUUUUGAAACACCCGUUACUGAUGAAGAACCUCCAGUAUCGGAAGUGAAGUUUGAUAAAGACCCUGAAGUCGAUGAAAUGUUGGACGAGAUAGGAUGGAAUGUCACUGAAGGAAGUGAUCAGUUUAUUAAGAAGCUUUCGACAGAAUUGAAUAAUACAAAACGAAAAAAUAUUGCUGAGCUCAUCAAUCUCGAUUUUGGAAAAGAUUCUUUUGCAAAUGAGAUUCGGGUAUCAGAUGGUGAAGUUCAUAAUUUAUUUGGCAUUUUCAAGAAGAUGGAAGUUCAGUUCAGUAUGAUUGAUUCAGAAAUCAACGAUAUUGAGAAUAAUUCUAGGGGUUUGCAAGUAAAAGCUGUGAACAAGAAGCUUUUAUUCAAUGAAUUGAGCGAAAUAUUGAACAAGGUGAGAGUUAGUACUAGAGACCUUGAUCUAGUUGCUCAUUUUAUUGACUUCAAAGACAUAGACUCGAUUCCAAAACUUGAGAGCAAACUUCUAGUUUUAUAUGGCGCACUUAAAACUUUUGGGGGCGCUUCUGAAGAUGACUUUAGUAACAUGGAAGCAUUGAAACAAUUCAAAAUCAGGUAUGAAGCAACUGCCCUGUCUUUCAUGCAACAUUUUAGCGACUUUAUUCGCACAGAGUUUAAAAAGACUGUUGUGCAGUUGAAAAGUGAUGUUUCACUACUGUACUCUAGGAGUCUUUUUUCAAGUUUGAAGCAUUAUUUGAUCUAUGUUGGAAUUACAAACUUUGUGAGAUGUGUCUCAUAUCGGGACUUAGAAGCUUUAGGUAAUGAUGUACGCUCCUUCCUUGUGACAUACUUGACAUCGGUGUUGAAUUCUCUACUCAAAAGCAUUCAUCAAACUUCUUCUAUCCCGAAGCGUUUAUCCGAAAGUUUGGAAUUUGGAACAAGCUCCCGGAAGAGCAAGAUCAGCAGGUUUGGCUCUUCCAGAUUGAGCAAAAGGGCAAGUUCUAACGAAGAAGCCAACCAUGCCAAUCUCAAGACAUUGGAAGGCACAAAAGAAAAGGCUUCUGGGGAAAUAACGGAUUAUAAGACAGUCAUGAGUUUGGUGGCCGAGACAAGAGAUUUAAUGUUGAAAGUUCAAUUCUUUUUGGGCCUGUUCUUCCAUCUUUCGUCGCCUGAUGACUUUGAUGAAGCUUUGAAGAAUACAUCGUUCGAGGAAAGAUUGAAGGAACUUCAGGAUCCUGACUUGGAUGAAGUCAAUUACAAGAGCAAUUCUAAUGAGCUUCUUAAAUUUAUGACUGCUGUUUUUGGAGACUAUGUCAAUGGCUUCAUCAGUAAAGUUACACCUUCAGAGCUAAUUAUCCCUCAGUUAUUGGUUGAACUACACGCAUUCUUGAUUGAAGCUACCAACAAAGAUCAGGAUUUCAUUGCUUUUAGCUUUAUUGGCAAGCUUAUUGAGAGAUACAAGCGUUCAUGGAACAAGCUUAUCUCUCGGCAGGUGCAUUUGUUGAACAAGUCUGACAUUCGGUCCAAAGGCGAAGUUUUGCCUGUCGUACGCAAUAUCAACCAGAUUGUUCUAAGCACAGAAACGACUCUAGAAGAAUCCUUUUCGUACAAAGAUAGUCAAGAUGCACAAUUGGAAGUGGAGCAUUUCAUCAACAAUUCCUACAGCGAACUCACAGCAGCUGCGGUUGAUCUCUUCAGCAGAGAAGAUCCUUUAUUGAAGACCAACGCACACGACGAAAAAGAACGUGCGCAUCGGAAUGUGGCGAUACUACAAAAUGUCUUUACGGUUAUUCAGCAGCUUGAUGAUCUUAACUCUGCACGCGUGGAUCCCAUGAAACAUGAAAUGAACACAGUAUUCAAACGCGUGGAAAAGGAGUAUUUUAACCAUAUUCUACACCGCUACUUUAACAAGAUGACAGAGUUUUGUCCAUACACACGGAGACUUUACAACAAGAAAGAAAACUGA